UUGGAUGAGUUCUUAGAGCACAGAAAAUAUGUUUGAAGCCCUUCAAACCUAGGCUUCAAACCUUUCCUCUUUUCCACAUCAAGCAAAUGUCUCAAACGUCUUCUUUAAGCAUGUGGUCUCCCGUUGGCGAGCUUGGCAACAAUCGGCCGACUUUGAUGUUCAAAUUACGGGCCGUGCGUGUGUAUUUUGUUCCUGUUUGGAGCAAAGGCGGAUAUUCAAUCGAGGUCGCUUUUCACGAUGAACAUGGCACGAGGAUUCACACGCAUCUUAAAAAACCGGAAAAAAACGUUUUGAGAAUCAAAUUGUGGAGAAUCAAAUUGUGGAGUCAAAACAUUGAAUGGAAGCAAUUUUCCACGUUUCAUGUUUGAUUUGAAAUCUUUUGCGAUGAUUCAAAACCAACCGAUUUUGAACGAUCAAGUCUUGAUUGAUGUGAUUGGGAAAGUUGUUGGCCGGUCAAAAGUUCAAACACACAUAAGAAUGAGCGAAAAACAAAAGUUGAUGGAAAUAACACUUGAAGAUCAUGAGGGUAAUCGUUUGGGGUGUACCCUGUGGGGAGAAUAUGUGGAAAGAUUUUUGGGUUGUUUGACCCAAAAUGUACAGGAACCGGUGAUUUUACUUUUCAGUUUUUGCAAACCAAAACGUUACAUGGGUACUGUGACGGUGUCAACUUCAUUCCACGUAACAAACAUGAUUUUUGAUGGCAAUUCCGUUGAGGUCAAUGCAUUCAGAGCAAUGUUACCAUUGCAUGUUGAUGAUGGGGGUCCCGUGGUUGGUCUAAUGCUAGCCGGGGGAGAUGAUGAUCACGGAGUUAUGACAAUAACCACAAUUAGAAAUCUUUUGGAGACAACUAAGCCUGAGCCAUAUUAGAUUGUUGGUGAAAUAGCAUCUCUUGAAAAUGUCGCUGAUUGGUGUUAUUUGGGAUGUACUGAUUGCAACAAGAAAGUAAUCCCCGAUGGCGAGAGUUUCAGGUGUUCCGGAUGUCGCAUUUCCGUUCCUCAUGGAGUUUACAAGUUCAAAGUUAAUGUUCGUGUUUACGAUUCAACCGGUCAUGCCUCAUUCAUUCUUUGGGAUAGAGAGUGCAAGAAUAUCUUGGGUGCAAGUGUAACGCCCUAAAACAUACCCUAAAAUUUUUAAUGAAUAAAUAUUCAAUUA